AGGCCUGCACACACCUGUGCAAUCAGUCUCCUGGCCAUUCCCAAAACCUGGUCCCAGGAUUGGAGAUUUUUAUCCCUCCCAGAUCUCUUUGAAUUCUCCUGGCUCCAGGUCCCAAAACAGACCUUACCAACAAAGGAGGACAGUGAAAAGCCACUUUCCUCCGUAUCAAACACUUACCCUGGAGCCCCUCAACCUGCCUUGUUGAGAAUCCUGGGUGACAGAUCGCCACAAUAUAUAUAUAUAUACACACACACACACACACACACACACAUAUAAUAUGGAUUGUCUAUGCUCAUUCUGUUAGUGGUUUC